GGCAUUGACUUCGGUUGUUUAAACUAAUGCGCGUCGCACCAGUACCAAAGUAUAAUAAAGUAAUAAAAUAAAGAGACGCUCGCAAUAAUUUAACGAUAAUAUUUAAUAAUUUGAGUGAAAGUUUAUGGAUACAAACAUGGAAGAUCCUGUUUCGUUGGACUUGGACGCUUUUUCAAUACCACCAAUCAACGCGAUAGACUUUAAUAUAAGCGAUUUAGUGUUUCAAGUUAGCAAAGAUGACACCGAAGUAACUGCCCUUUCGGAUCCAGUUUAUGAACAAUUCUUAGCUGACGUUUGGGUCGGAAUAGUGCUGACUUUGAUGGUACUUAGUUGCGUUUGUUUUAUGUGUUCCUGUUUGAUUUAUCAUAAAUUUCAUGAAUGCAAACAGAGAGUUUUGGACGCUACUCGCAAUCAAUCCAAUCUGGAAGCAGGGACGUUCGAAACGGAUUUGCCCAGCUACACAAUAGCUUCUGGAUUGCCCACAUACGAAGAAGCUCUGGAGCAAUUGAGGAAAGUGCAAAUUACCAGUGUACCAAUUAAAACAAUUAGUGAAGCAGUUGGACAAGAAACAAGCGAAUUGAGACAACAAACGCAAAGUCCAUUGUUUAACUUGUUUGGAAUAUACAAUACUGGUAGAAGUGAAACUUCAAAGCCUGCGUGAGGGCGAUAAGGAACUUUUUUAAAUCGUUGACUGAUUAAUAAGCAAAUUAGUUUGAAUAUUUUUAAGCUUGAAAAUGAAAUAUCAAUAUUAACAUAUUAGUGUGAAAAACAAAUUUAGAUUUGUUUGUCUAGAGGAUGAUGUCAUAUUUUCCUCUACAAAGAUCUGAAAGUAAUUUUCUUGCACAAGUGUGAAUCAUUGAAAAUGUUCUUAAAAGUGAUGAUUAUUUUAGAUCUGAUGCACUUAAUAAUUAAGGUUGGAAAUUCUAAUUAGACAAACGCAUUUAUUUUGAAGGCAAAUACAUACUUAACUACUGGUUCUAGUCUAAACGAAAACAAGGUGUUAUUAGAAAUAAGUUAAGCAAAUUACCUGGAAAUGUUUACAAUACUGCGUUUCAGUUAUAAUAUUAAAUUGAAAUUUAUUGAUUUCGUAGCUUAAAAAUAUUCAUUAAUAGUGUAAAAUUGUUGUAUUAAAAGGCUGUGCUUAGUUUUAAGAAAUCAAAUUUGUACAUGAUGUAAAUAUUUGUCAAAUAAAUAAACCAUAAAAAUAUUAUUAUAAGUAUUGGGAAAUUGUUAUUAAUAUGUUGCAAUCGUGAAAUUGAUUUUCAAUACCGUCAAAACAAAAUGUGCAAGUUCCCCCACACCGUUUCUUUUGUUAAUUUAUUAAUCGUUAAGGUUCAAAGUUUUAAAGAAACUAAUUGACUGAGCAGGUAAGUAUCUAAUCUAGUAGACGAUUAAAAAAAUAUUAUAGAAUAACAUGUAAUUAUUUCAAAUAAAAAAUGACGCAGAAGGAAAUUUGUCAUGGUAAAAAAUAAAGCCAAUUAAUUUUCGAUUUUUCCACUUAAAUGAUUUAUUUAGUAAUGGAAUUACUUCAAUAGAAAAUUAAAGAGUGAAUAACAGUGGCGGAACGAUACUUGGAACUAGAAGUAAUUGAAGAAGUAGUCACCGAAGCUGAAAUUUAAUUCAAAAGAAAAGCUCAAAGACUUUAUUCGUUUUAAAAAACGGCCCUACAUGUUUCUCAUCAUCAGGGGCAAUACAUAAGGUCAUACAUUAACAGGGUUGGAUAUCAUAGGCUGCCAGAUCAUGCAUUUUGUAAAGGAAAAAAAGGUCAAAAAUAAGUUGAAAAUUACCGUGUCAUAUUAAUUAAAAAAAUGGAAAACUAGAUUCAGCCAAUAAGGGACACAUUGACAUGGUGUCAUAGGAGUCUGCCUGGUCUGCCCUAGUUGUACUGGUACCUAAAAAAGAUGGUAGUACGCGACUAUGCGUAGAUUACCGGGCUUUGAACCAAAUAAGCACCUCUGUGUAUUACCCCUUACCACGGAUGGAUGACCUACUUCAUGCUACUAAAAAGACCUUUCACAUGUCAAGCCUGGAUCUUCGUUCAAGGUACCAUCAAGUGAAAGUGCGUGAAAUAGAUCGCGAUAAAACAUCAUUCCUCACUCCAUUCGGGGUUUUCCGAUAUUUGGUUAUGCCAUUCGGGUUGCGGAACGCGCCUGCUACGUUCCAAAGACUGAUCGAUCGAUUCCAUAGUGGACUUCCUGGCAUUCUUAAUUGGCAUACCUGGACGAUAUUUUUGUGCUUUCAGAGAUAUUUGAAAAAUAUUUACUGGACCUGAAGUUUAUUUUCGAUCGGUUAAGACUAUUGAAGUUACGCGAGAAAUGCACCUUUGCCAGCCAGCAACUUAGAUACGCUAGGACAUAUGACUGCCAGUAGCGGUAUGCCAAGUUGAUCCAGAGAAGACUGCCGCCAUAGACAGGAUGUUGACUCCACAAAAUGUCAAGCAGGUACAGUCUUUCUUACAAAGUUGCUCUUGGUACAGACGAUUUAUUGACAAGUUGGCGGAUAUUUCCAGGCCCUUAAGCAAUCUUCUGAAGGAAACUUCGACAUGGAAAUGUGAAUCUGAGGAAAAACAAGCUUACAACAGUUUAUUCAAGAUUAUGUCAAAAACUGUCCAGAACAGAACAACCAGCUGGUUUGGUUCAAACCCCGGCUUGCAAUCAAAGAUUUGAGGUUUUGACAAUUGAUUCAUUUGGCCUUUUGCCAGAGGAUGCGAAAGGCCAGCAAUGGGUUUUUAUUAUUGAAGAUACUGCUACAAAAUGGGUAGAAUUAUUUCCACGGGUUAAAAGCUACCGCAGAAGAGUGUUCAAAAACAAUUAUAAACGAAGUCUUCUUAUGAUACGGAUUUCUACGUAGAAUAAUAUCAUAUAAUGGCGUACAAUUCGUCUCACGAAUUAUGCAGCGAGUCUGUCAUUACUUGAAUAUCCUACAAAACUUGACCCCGCUUUUCCAUCCUAAAGCUAAUAUGGUAGAAAGGAAAAACCGUGAUCUAAAACCACGACUAGGUCUCCUUGUUGGGAGGAGAAUCACACAAGAUGGGCUGAGAAGUUAACAGGCAUUCGCUAUGCUAUAAAUACUGCUAAGAGUCAAACCACUGGCUAUACCGCCUCUUAUCUCAACUUCAUACGAGAAUUGAGAAAUCCUGAUGAGAUAUAUCUAACGAUCUUCGAACACUAGCCAAUACUGACAAUUUUAUACCGGAGAUAACACCAUACUUACAGCAGAUGUAUACCAUUCUUAUUGAUGCAAGAUCCAAUCACGAAAAAGCUCAAGACAUCAGAAAAAAAUAUUCUGAUGCAACAAGAAAUGCUACGUCAACAUUUUAUAUUGGAGAGAGCGUGCUUGUAAAACUGCUAAAAGCAGUCACGAGAAGCAUACUACCUCCAAAUUUGACCCCAAGAGAGAUGAACCGUACAUUAUCACUCGCAAAGUCUCUCCAACCAGUCCAACCCCGAGCCAACCAUUGGGUGUUUAUCAUUGUUGUAACUUGACUUAGUACUAUG